GUGGGACGGAAGCGGCCGUCUCGUGCUGAAUCCUCCAGGCCACAGACAGCGGUGUUGCGCGCUUUUCGUUUUAGUUUUCUGCUGUUCAAAUAAUUUUUUAAUAAUACCUUUUAUUUAAAGUUUUAGUUUAACUAGUUUUUCUUUUGCGGCUCAUUUACUCAGAAGCUCUCCUGAAGAACUUUUUUUUUCGCAACAUAAUGCCAAAUUUUUGUGCGGCUCCAAAUUGUACCAGAAAAAGCACCCAAUCGGACCUAGCAUUUUUUAGGUUUCCGAGGGACCCUCAAAGAUGCAAGCUGUGGGUGGAGAACUGCCGGCGAGCAGACCUGGAGGAUAAAACUUCAGAUCAGUUGAACAAGCACUACAGAUUGUGCGCCAAACAUUUUGAGCCAUCUAUGAUAUGUAAAACGAGCCCAUAUCGGACAGUACUUAAAGAUACAGCCAUUCCCACCAUUUUUGACCUGACCAGUCAUCUAAACAAUCCACACAGCAGACACCGAAAACGAAUUAAAGAACUAACGGAAGAGGAAAUCAGGAAGAUAAAAGAGAGGCGGUUGGAAGAUGCUGUUGAACAACCACAAAUUAGAAAUGAAAAUGUAACUGGUGAAGAUGAGGAAGAGAUGAGGAAGACUAAUGAGGAUAUGCCUCUGUUGACUGUAGAGGAAAAAGAGCUGAGGGAUUACUUGAAAUCCCUUUUUGAAAUUAUUAUUGUUACUGGAAAGCAGAACAUCCCAUUAAACUUUCCUGUAGAAAACGAAGAGAAGAGUGAAUGUUUCACACCAAGCAAUUUUCAAGCCUUGCUGGAAUAUCGCAUCAAUGCUGGGGAUGAAGUACUGAGGAAAAGAUUUGAAACCACAGCUGUGAAUGCUGAGUACUGCCCCUUUAUGCAGCAGGCACAGAUGCUUGAGGUAUGUGAAGGAUGUGUCCGUGAAGAACUGCUCCAUGAGGCCAGAGACGGCCGAUUCUUCUCAAUAGUCACUGGUGAUUUGGUCCAAUUUCCUGAGGGGCUUUACCUUCCCAUAUUCCUUCGCUUUGUUGACAGUAACAGCUGCCUUCGUGAGGAAUUCAUAGAAUUUCUGCCUUUUGAAGAGCAUGAAGAGGUCCUCACUGGGAAGCUGGUAAACCUAAUCAUUGAAAAGUGGGGUCUAGACAUGGAGUGUUGUCGUGGUCAGGCCCAUGUUGCCUCAGGUGUGUUUGUUAGAAAAAUCAAAAGUAUUGCAGCUAAACUAAUGGAGAGGUAUCCCAUGGCAAUAUAUACUCCCUGUUCUACUUGUGCACUCAAUGUUUAUCUGGCUAACAGCUUGCCCCUGAGUAGAGUGCAAGUUGUUAUGUCAACACUGAAAAAGGUAGACUCAUUUUUCAGCAAAUCACCUUCAUUACAAACUGAGUUGGAGCAUGCCAUUUCCAUAUUCUACCAGGGCAACAAUGAGAAGGCCAAUGAUCUCAAAGAGGCUUGUCAUCUUAAAUGGACAGAGAGACAUGAUAUCUUUGAUUUGGCAGUAGACUUACUAGAAUCCAUUUUGCUGUGCAUGGACAGUAUUCACGACAAUGAGGACUGCAGAUGGAGCGACCAGUUAGCCAACGAUGCGUAUAUAAUCUCUGAAGCUCUGUCAGACUUUGAAUUUGUAGUGACAUUAGUGGUGCUGAAAAAUGCCCUAUCCUUCACAAGAGCAUUUGGAAAGAACCUGCAAGGAAUGACCCUGGAUGUGUACUUUGCUGCCAACAGUUUGACAGCUGUAUUGCAUUCACUGAAUGAAGUUUUGGAUAACAUUGAGGUAUAUCAUGAAUUCUGGUUUGAAGAAGCAGUUAACUUAGCUGCUGCCAUGGAGAUUUCAGUGAAGGUUCCCCGACUGUAUUUCCGGAAGCAACGUGCAGAAGUCACAGCAGACAUCCAGCCAGAAAGCUACUUCAAAGAGCACUUGACCAUUCCGGUGGUUGGACAUGUCAUGCAAGAACUAAAGGAGGUCUUUUCAGAGAAUCACUUAAAGGCUCUGAAAUGCCUUUCCCUAGUUCCUUCAGUCAUGAGGCAGCUGAAGUUCAACACAUCUGAAGAGAAUAAUGCGGACAUGUAUCGGAAUGACCUACCCAACCCAGACACACUCCCUGCAGAGUUACAUUGUUGGAGGAUCAAAUGGAAGCACAGAGGUAAGGAGAUAAGCUUGCCUUCCACCAUUCAGGAAACACUCCAGCUGUCAGAGGUGAAGUUCUUCCCUAAUGUCCAUGCCUUCCUUAAAGUCCUGUGCACAUUGCCAGUCCUGCGACUGGAAAGUCCCAGAUGUGAGACAGCCCGUAGGCGAAUGAAUGCCUAUCUCGCAGACACACCCAUCAACCAAAGGUCUAAGAGCCUGGCACUGCUUAACAUCAAUUAUGAUAUUAAAUAUGACUUGGAUGUAAUGGUCGAUACUUACAACAAACUGUAUCCAGAAAGAGAAACUGAGCUGGAGGUAACAGACAGUUGAACGUGCCUUAUUUCAAUGUGGAAGACAACAGGUCCCACCUAUUAUGCUUUAUUUUCCUCAUUGUUGAUUUGGCAAAGCAAGAACCUAAUAGAUAUGCUGGGCAAUGUGUUAUAGGAAGGGGCUUUGGAAUCUUAAAGGUUUUGUUUUGCUUUUCACACAGCUCCAGCUUGUGUAUAUCCAAGUAUACAUUCUUUAAAUAAAAAACUUACUUUCUGGUGUUCAGUUUGUAAUGUUUAUGUUGCUUAGUUGUUUUUGACCUUUUGAUCAAUUUUAUCACAGGGUGUAAACUGUACAAAACAUGUAUUUAACUUAUUUCUUAGCUCUAAGAUGUUGAAUGUGUGAUGAAGCACGCUUAAGUUUUGAUUGUAGUAAUAAAUUGCUUUGAAUAUUUUGUCAUACUGAGAUCCUGAAUUGUAACAUGUAGUUUCAUAUUUGUUUUUUUUUCUUUUAGCUUGUCAUAUCAUUUGACAACUAAAACCAGCUUUCAUUUAUAUAUUAAUAGUGUAAUUCCAGGCAGCUAUGCAGAAUGAUGGAACAAAUGUGAAGUUUAUAUCCUUUAUAUUUCAUUGUUUUCAUUGUAUCAAGCCAAUUAGCUGAUGAACGCACUACCGUUUUCUGUCCAGAUAAUGGAAUGAAACUGUAGUCAGUAUCCUGUUUAGGAAACAACUGAAUAUUUGCUGCCAUUACUUAAAAAUAACCUGUUGAGAAAUACUGCAUCCAGUAACUAACCACAUGUCGGUAUCAUUAGUAUUUAAAAUAUGAAAAAUGUAUGGAAGAACCUUUGACUGUACCAAUAAAAAUGUUUGUUGCA